AGCAUCGAAGCUCAACGUUAUUUUGUUCUCCCCAAUUUCAUUCAGCAAUGAACUGCCAAUUUCUCUCUGUAAAUCCAGCAAAAAUCUUCUCUCUCAUAAAAGCGCAGUGAUCUACAGAUUCCCCUCUCUUUAAACUGAGUGUUUUGAGCAAUUGUUCGGCGAAUUUUGUUUCCCCAUGGAUUCGAGUUCAAAAUCCGGCGGCGCGGUUACUCCUGCGAAAGGAAAAACCGCCCGAUCGAAGUUAAAUGAAUCCCUACGCCAUUCUGAGAAUGUAAAUCCGAACGUUUCGAUUCCUUCGUUGAUGUUCUCGAAUUCUCCAUUUAUCAUCAAAUCUGAAAAGAGCGCCAAAAAAUCCGCUUUCGGAAACCCUAACCCUAGCCCUAAGCAGUUAAUUCGAGAGAGGAAGUUCGUGAUCGCGAAGAAGAGAGUGCGCAACCAAGAGCAGAGUUCCCUGGGCGCUGACGCGGCGGAUUGUGAGAAGUGUAAGAAGGCGAUUGGUAAAUCCAAGUGCUUCUGUGUGGCGUACGAGAGUUUGCGCGCCUCUCACGAAAAUUUUUUCAAGAACCGGGAUGAAACCGAAGAUGAGGUUUCGGAUAAACUAGAGGAGUUCGAUUUGAUGUCUCAGAAGGAAGGUGUAAAACUUGAAAGGAAAUUGGAGGGAGAUGGUUCCUUAUCUGAAAUUAAUGAGGAAAACAAGACCGAUGCUGAUGAGUUCACGGAAAAUGAUGAUACGGGUGUGAAGAGGAGUAGGGAUAGGUUGAUGGAUGAAGCAAAAGCAGCGGACUUGCUGUCGGAUGAUGGACUGGAGCCACAACCUACGUCUCCAGAGACACAGGUGUCAUCUUCUUCGUUCUGUCCAUCAAAUUUUUAUCUGACAUCAGAGAGCUUAGGCCUUGAUCUUCAUCGUUCAUAUUCUUUCGACAGCAAAGAUGGAAGCAGUAUUUCAACCAUAACGUCUGCUGGUGCUCAAAAGGACAGGCGAAGUAGCACUGAAUCAGCUGCAGAUCGUGCUAGAAGACUCUGGAAGAGAAAGCAGCGGAAAGUUACCUCUCCAAAGCCAUUCAUUCUUAGAACCGAGGAAAGAGGAAGAUGCAAGGAGGAAGAAUUCAUGAAAAAGUUACAACAGAUGAUUGAAGAAGAGAAGAAGAUGAGGGUACCUAUAGCGCAAGGUCUUCCCUGGACAACAGAUGAACCCGAGUGUUUAGUGAAGCCUCCUGUUAAAGAAAUCACAAGGCCAGCUGAUCUUGUGUUGCACAGUGAUGUGAGGGCUGUAGAUCGAUCUGAAUUUGAUCAUCAGAUUGCCAUGAAAACGAAUCUGAUUGAACAGUACCAGAUGGAAAGAGAGAGACAGCAGAAGCUGGAAGAAGAAGAAGAAGAAAUCCGAAGACUGAGGAAGGAGCUCGUUCCUAAAGCGCAACCUAUGCCGUAUUUUGACAGGCCCUUCGUCACCAGAAGGUCAGGCUCACUUGUAACUCUCAAGAGCAAACUAAAACGUCACCACUCUGUGCUCAUUCGUGUUAGGUCUGAGAAGAAUCCGACUAUACUGAAAUUCGGAUGA